AUGAAGCCAAAAAAGAGAAAUAAUAAAACUUAACAGGCUUUCCUUUAAUUCUUGAAAAGUUCGGGGAUGAAAGUUGAAAUUGGAGAGUACCUUCACUCUCCAGGAAGCGCGUGACUUCCAUUUCUUAAAUAUCACAAUCGAUCAAUCAAAAACCCUCCCUUCAUCCCUCCGAGUCGCAGAAAUUAUGAACUCAUCACGCGUUCUUUGAUGCUCAGCUGAGAAUACCGCCGGAAGUUCACAGUUAACAAGUGUCGGCGGCGGAGGAGGCGGCGCCUGCCUAUUGUUGAUCACCAAGCAGAGAUGCCGGAAUAUCCUGCUGCAGAGUCAUCCAGCGACAGCACCGUUACCGUCAAACGUUAUGCUCCUCCUAAUCAACGGAAUCGUGCACUCGGUAGGCGAAAAUCUGGAGGAGAUCGACUCGAACGAGCUAGCAGCUAUGCUAGUGAUGGAGAGAAGAACCAAAUGAGUGCCUCUAAGUUUAUAUCAACUGUAGCUGAUUCUGGCGUCAAUCGAGUGAAUGAGUAUCCUCCAACAAAGUUAAUACCACUACAAGGGUGUUGUACAAGCGAAGCUUUUCAGCUUCUCAAUGACCGCUGGGCGGCUGCUCUGAAUGCUCACAAUAAUUUACCAGAAGAUUCUCUUGAAAGGCCUGUAAUGUAUACAAAAAGAUCACCUUGGGGGCAUGGUCUGCUUCCACAUCAAUUAAUGUCGCAACCAGGAGCUGGAUCUUCUACUGGGCACAAGGAUUUUCUAAGCAAACUUCAGAUGGCAAUGCUCAAUCCACAUGUCAAUUUCGAUGCCUAAUUGCUACCAUCAAGUGCUCAAAAAUUUAGGCAGUUUCGAAAUCAUUUUCCAUGCAAUGUUAGAUACCCUGUUAUAAGCCAUCAUCAAUCCUGAAUUAUUACUUCAUAUUUAACCUGUUUGAGAAAGAAAAACUCUUUCUAGUGCA